AUGUCGCCUGUGCUGUUGGCGUUCGUGAUGUGGAAUGCCGCGGCGUUGCUGUUCUGCUUGGCCUGUAACCUGAUCGGUCUUCGUUACCCGCCCAAGUGGAGAGACGCCUUCUCCGAGCUCCAGCGGUGCCUCCAGACACCGUCCUUACUUGGACACUUUGAUGAAGAUGCCGACACAGAACUACACACUGAUCUAGCAACAUCGGCCUUGGUGCAGUACUCUUCUAGUGAACCGGAAGAUGAUGAAGUGAGCUGGGUGUUGACGACGACGAAGGACAAACUCUCAGUGAAGCUGUCAGACGGAAAUUGGACUGACGUAGACGCCGACGACGUCACCACAGAACAAAGGGUGAAGCUUGUAGCCGUUUGGGUGCCGGUGAUCAUAAUAGCGGCAAUGUGCAAGAUCUACUACACUAUCCUGCUUUACAAGUUCUAUCGAACAUACAAGGACACCAACGGCAGGGCGUUCGACGGGGCUCCCAAGGCGGCUGCAAAAAGUGUACAAGCGGAAGGCGACCGAACAUUCAUAGCUCGCACGCCAGAUGACGUCACUGCACAGAAUAUCUCCAAGUCUAUGGAAGGCACAAUCCUCACUACGAAGUCUCAAACCGUCGGCGUCAAGUCCCGCCGACAGUCUGUGGGCGCUGAAGACCAGACCACCGCAAUACAAUCACGAGGGUCAAAGUCCAGAAAGUCCGGCGACCGCUCGCGGAGGCAGUCGGUGACCGCCGGAGACCGCACUACCACCGUGCUACCACCAAAGACAAAGUCUGGCAAGUUGGGCGAUCGCUCGCGGAGGCAGUCGGUGACCUCCGGAGACCGCACUACCACGGUGCUACCACCAAAGACAAAGUCUGGCAAGUUGGGCGAUCGCUCGCGGAGGCAGUCGGUUGAUGAGGGCACCACCCCCAUACUAGCGGCAGGAAAAAAUUAUGGCAAAUUUGGCGGCCGCUCGCGGAGACAGUCGGCUGCCAGCGAGACGCGCAGAGAUGUCGCGACACUUCUGGGAGACAUGUCGAAAGGGCAGGCCGUCAGUGCCAAUAGACGAGGCACCACCGGCGCAGCUACCACGACUCGCAAGCCGGCCAUUCGAGAGUCGCGCCGACCUUCCGUCUUUGCCGCAGCUGGUGCACAGAAGGACGGCAAAAAGUCGCAGCGACUGUCUGGCACCGCCACUGCUGAUGCGAGUGCCAUGACGGAGACGACGCGGAAGAAAGCCCCCCGCUCGCGACGGCAAUCCGUAGCUGCUGAAGGCGAUGACACCCAGCGUCUGAGCACCGCCGGUUCCACGCCCCCGCUGCAGACGUCGCGGAGGCAAUCUGUCGCUGCCAUCGCCGCACUUGCAGCAGCGCAGCUGGCCGCUCAAGACAGGGCUCGCCGGAAGCGCCUAACCGGCGCAGACUCUACCGGCGUUGGCGCUACUUCCACGCCGAAGAAGUCCACGUGACGGUCCCGUCGGCAGUCCGUACGUGGCCGCUGUGGGAGCCAAGGACCCGUCCCGACGGUCCAGCUCGCCUCCGCUGCCCACGGGUAUUGUGGACAGUAGCGGCGUUUCCAGGAAGUCUAGCGGUCGGCAGGAGGCCUAACAUUUGAGAGUGCGCAUAUGUUACAGAGUUGGAAUAAUCCAUGCGGUAGAUUUGAAAUAAUGUUGAAAGUGGUGGCCGAUGAUAGAAGGCUGCAGGAGAUAUUGAUGAAAAUGUUUUACAAACCAUUAGACGUUAACGCGACUGUGAAAUAAAA